UCUUCCUAUGGAGAUCGGUUGAAGUUCUUCCCCCACCGGCCGGGGCAGAUGGCGGCACCGCGGACGGAAUGUUUGACAGGCCAGCCGUUUACUCAUUGAAAAGCCAUGUGCCUCCGCUGAACUACAGUGGUCUCAAUGGCAAGUCGCUCUUUUGGCAGCAGUUGGCCGCCUCAUACCGGUAUCUUCCGGAAACCUCCGCCUUCAUCCAAUGCGCUCAAUCCAGGUGGCGGAACCACUCGGAUUGCAUGCCCGCCGUGGCCAUGCGAAGAUAUCAGGAGUAUUGGGCCAAUUUGAGGGCAGAGGAGUAUGACAUUUGCUGCCAGCCAAGCAAGGCGGACAAAUGCAAGGAGCCAAAACUGAAGGAUGGUCUACCACUCUGUGGCUUUCCCUUUGGUUCGGUGGACCAUUUACCUGCCUUUCUGCCGGAGCUCCAACUCAGCUUACCCUCAGGACCAUUGCGCCUGUUGCAGGGGAUUGGUGAUGAGGUCUUCUUUGGCAGUGACUUGGAGUCUCGCUUGCUUUGGUCUACUGCCUUGGCUGUCUAUGUCGAUUUGCAGCUGGGGAAGGAGAUCGUGGAGUCACGUUCCCGACCUCGGGCAGUCGAUCUGGGCGCCGGAGUGGGGCUGACCUGCCUGGUCUUAAUGAGGCGUGGGGUGGACGUGGCCUGUACCGAUGUGGACGACGCGGCGUUGAUCUUGAGCUCCCAAAACGCGGCGGCCUUCGUCGCGGAGAGCCGGCAGAAGCUUUGGCAGUAUGGAAGCUUGAGGGUGCUGCGCUUCAACUACUCCAGCGGCAAAGACACCUGGAGAGAUCAAGGGGUGGUGCCACCUUAUGAUGUCGUGGUGAUGGGAGCCUCGCCGCAGGGAGAGCUGCGGAAGAAUUUGAACUUCUAUGCCAAGCUCUUCCGGGAAUUGGGCCAUCCUGGCACCCGGGUCUUUCUUGAGGACCAGGGGCAUCGCGAGGUCACCUGUGCCGUACCACCGGAUUUGGAGGCCUCCCGCGCCUUUGCGCAGGUGGGCUUGCACAUGGUUGAUAUUUUUGACCCUCUUGAAAGAGGGCUUUGGCCUUUGCCUCGUGGCAGAAUAUAUGCAUUGGUUUUGCAAUAAAAA